UAGUGCUACAAGCAUAACACAUCGGCACCAUGUUUGGCACGCAAACACUCGGAGCCAAUACAGGAUUUGGGAGUCCUGCAGCGACGACGACCAACAAUCCAAUGAAGGAUUUCGAGGUGACGUCGCCGCCGGAGGAUACCGUCUCAGCGAUGGAGUUCAGUCCGGCAACGUUGCAACAGAAUUUCCUUAUCGCCGGCAGCUGGGAUUGUAGUGUACGAUGCUGGGAAGUGGAGCAGUCUGGCAAAACUGUACCCAAAUCCAUCAAAACCAUGGGUGGACCGGUGCUGGAUGUUUGCUGGGCAGACGAUGGUAGUAAGGUGUUUAUCGCGUCCACGGACAAGCAAGUGAAAUGCUGGGACCUUGCGUCGGACCAGGUCGUUCAGGUGGCACAACAUGACGCCGCCAUCAAAACGUGCCACUGGGUAAAGGGGACCAACUACACGUGUCUAAUGACCGGCUCGUGGGACAAGACGCUCAAGUUUUGGGACACACGAACCCCACAACCGAUGAUGUCGAUCCAGCUGCCGGAACGAUGCUACUGCGCGGACGUCGAUUACCCGAUGGCCGUCGUCGGUACAGCUGGGCGUCACAUUCUGAUCUACUCUCUAGAGAACAAACCAACUCAGUUCAAGCAGCAGGAAAGCCCCCUGAAGUAUCAGCACAGAACCGUAUCGGUUUUCCGCGAUAAAAAGAAGGCUCCAACUGGAUACGCACUCGGCAGUAUCGAGGGCCGUGUGGCUAUACAGUAUGUCGCUCCGCUGAACCCGAAGGAUAACUUCACCUUCAAAUGUCACCGUUCGAACGGGUCGACCGGUUAUCAGGACAUUUAUGCCGUGAAUGAUAUUGCAUUCCAUCCGAUACAUGGAACCCUGGCGACGGUCGGGUCGGAUGGUUCGUUCAGCUUCUGGGACAAGGACGCACGUACGAAACUCAAAUCGUCCGAAACACUGGACCAGUCCAUUACCAAGUGUUGCUUCAACAGCAACGGUCAGAUCUUUGCGUACGCCGUGGGAUACGAUUGGUCCAAAGGGCACGAGUACUACAAUCCACAGAAGAAGACUUGCAUAUUUCUCCGUUCGUGCUACGAGGAACUUAAGCCACGUGCUUCGAGCUAAUGGUAUCUUCGCAUCUUUUCAUACAUUCAAACUAUACGCCGUUUUAUUUGUUUCUGCUACAAAACAAAUGGAUUUAUUCUGUAGCAGGCUUUUUUCGAAAUAAAGUCUAAAGUACGGUAGUAACAAA